UUCUGUCACUGUACUUCCUAAUGUGGCAGAAUGUCUGAGCCAUGGGGAAAUAUUUUGCAAAUUAAGUGAUACAGGAAACAUUUGAAUCUGUGAAUAUGUCUUUCUGUCAUGCUUUUGACUGUGCCAAGGAAGGAGAAGAGAUUUCAGGUGCAAGUGAGACAUCGGGAUUCAUCAAGGGAGUCAAGAUGAGAAUCCUGACAUUUCUCACGUUUGUCGAUCUGCUAAUGCAUCAAAGCUUCUCACUCUCCAGACCACAGUGUCACCGCUGUGAACAAACGGCCUGUAACUGCUCGAGACAGAACCUGGGGACCGUCCCUACAGCACCUUCAAUGCUCAUCGCUGAACUCGAUCUCUCAUUCAACACACUGCAAACAAUAAUGAAUAAUGACUUUGUUGCAUUUGCCAGUUUACAGACUUUGAUCAUGAAUAACAACAGAAUCCAAAAGAUCCAGGAGCAAGCAUUUGUCCCGCUGACUAAUUUGGAGAAAUUGGACUUGUCCUUUAACAGACUGGAUACGCUGUCUGCUGGAUGGUUUAAGAACCUUUUUUCUCUUCAGCACCUGAAUCUUUUGGGGAACAAAUAUAAAAUGUUGGGUCAAGGCAAUCUUUUCCAGCCACUUAAGAGAUUAAAGACCCUACAUUUUGGAGGACCUGAUCUUCACUCUAUCAGAAAAAGUGACUUUUCUGGCCUCGGUCGUCUUGAAAAGGUUGUUUUGGAUGGAAGAAAUCUGCAAGUCUACGCAGAAGGAAGUUUGCGACAAAUUGAGCCAAUUAAAUAUGUAACACUUGGUCUGAAUGGUCCAUUUCUGAGAAAUCAAGCGCUAGUAGGAGCUAUACUGUCUGAUGUUGCACACCCAAACACAACACUGACAUUCGCUGACACAUGGUUCUCCGCAAAGUAUCAAAUGUUCCCAUUUAAAGUGACCCGAGACCGCGGAACUACAAGUGUUAUCUUUAAAAAUGUUAACAUGACCAUUCCAGCUUGUAUGGAAUUUCUUAAUUUGCUGUCAGACUCAAAUUUAACUAUGUUUGCACUUGAAGAUACUCAAUUAAUCUUAAGUUCUGUGGGUGACAUUGCGUAUCCCCCACACAUGGACCGUUUGGAGGCCGUUGUCUUCAAAAACGUCGAAGUCCCUCGGUUCUAUAGCUUCCCAGCCCUCUUUUUCUUGCAACCUCUGCUGAACGUAGUGCGAAGGGUGUCUGUGCUAAACUGCAAGUUGUUCCUCAUUCCUUGUGAAUCCUCUGUCGAUUUCUCAUAGCUGGAGUAUAUGGAUGUCAGUGACAACUUGUUUAGUGAUCUGGCUCUUACCCAAAUGAUGUGCGAUGGCAAAGGUGGUCUUUGGAGUCUGCAAACCUUCAACAUCAGCAGGAAUUACCUGCACUCGAUCAGCAGCCAGCUCUUCACCAAACUAGAUAAGCUUAAAAACAUUGACAUGAGUGGAAAUGUGUUUCGUAGUAUGCCUGAGACGUGUUACUGGCCACCAAGUCUCCAAUUCUUAAACCUUUCAUCAACACAUUUAGCAAAAGUGACCACUUGUUUGCCAGUGAGUUUACACAUCCUCGAUCUAUCAGACAAUGACUUGACCGUGUUUAACAUCGAACUACCUUUUCUUACAGAGUUAUACAUCUCUGGCAACAAAAUCAGUAGUUUGCCAGAUGGGGGUUUAUACCCUUGUCUCGUGUUUCUCUCUAUUCAAAACAAUGACUUACAGACAUUCAGCAGCAAUAAUCUAAAUGGCUAUAAUAAUCUGAAGAGUCUGGAGGCUGGUUCUGACACGUAUGUCUGUUCAUGUGGCUUUGUAGCGUUGAUGACGAGUGACUGGACGAAUCAUCGAAUCACCUUUGGAGAUGAGUUCAAGUCGUACAUCUGUGCCUCCCCGGACGCCGUGAGAGGAGAGAGCGCGGCAGACGUGAGGUUGUCAGUGUUUGAAUGCCACACAGCUUUAGCUUUUUCUGUACUCUGCUCAGGCAUCCUGCUGGUGUUUCUGCUCAUUGCAGGUUUGUGUCACAAAUUCAGUGUUGUGUGGUAUAUGAAGAUGACCUGGGCCUGGCUGAGAGCCAAGAGGAAGCCAAAGUUAAGAAAGGGAGAGCUCGAGUAUGACGCUUUUGUGUCCUACAGUGAAAUGGACUCUGGUUGGGUGGAAGCACAUCUGGUCCCGGAGCUCGAGCAGGCCGAGCCUCCUCUUCGGCUUUGCCUCCACAAGAGAGAUUUUGUUCCCGGAGGCUGGAUCUUGGACAACAUCAUAGACGCCAUCGAGAAGAGUCACAGAACUCUGUUUGUCCUUUCUCAGCAUUUUGUCAGGAGUGAAUGGUGCAAGUACGAGCUGGAUUACACCCAUUUUAGAUUGUUUGACCAAAACGAUGACACAGUUGUGCUGAUUCUGUUGGAGCCCAUUGACAAAGAGACCAUCCCCAAGAAGUUCUGCAAGCUGCGGAGAGUCAUGAACUCCAGGACGUACCUGGAGUGGCCCGAUGAUGACGGCCUGAUGCCCAGGUUCUGGCAAAGCCUGAGAACAGCUAUUAAAAGACCUGAUACUGAUGAUGGAAACUGUUUACAGUUUGACAAUGUGGACUUUUAAUUUAGUGUUUUACUUUGCAGUAUUUUUUUUUUUUUUUUUUUUUUAAUCUGUAACUUUUGAGAGCCUUUCUGUGUCAAUUUUAGUUGUAUACAUGUGGAAAAGCAUAAAAAUGGAUUGUUUCAAUAAAAACUCUUUGGUCAUACAUUGUGCCUCCUCAAUAUUUGUUGUAUCCGAUAUUCAUUCUUUGAUUCCUCCGUGCUUGGGGUUUAAAAGCCUAACCAGCAUGCAUUUGGCAACCCUGCCUCCUAAAACAAUUACGUUUCUCUACUACGUUGUUGUUGUGCCAAUUAGGUUUUGUGAUGAAAUGUAAAUGCUGUCUGGAAUAUGUUCCUUGGCAACGUUUUUUCUAGUGUAGUUAGCGUUACAUUUAUGUACCCCACAUCAUAGGGCAGUAUUAAGGUGUAUGUUGGGUGUACAAAGUGCAGGACAUGUCAGUAGUCUAUCACAGGGCAUAUUUGUUUUAACAUUACAAGAUGUACCCCAUGCUUCUGAUUCACUGGGAUGCUUUACACUUGCACAAGUACAAGUCUU